GUGUUACAAUUGCUUUACCUUGGACGUUGUUGGUAGUGUAGCUUUUGGUACUGAGGUGGACUCUCAGAAGAAUCCCAAUGACCCCUUUGUUAAGAAUUGCAGAACAUUCUUUGAAAUGUCUUUGUUUAAGCCACUUCUCAUUCUGAUCCUUUCUUUCCCAUUCAUAAUGAUCCCAUUGCUCCGGAUUUUGCCAAACAAGAAACAAAAGGAACUGAAUGGAUUUUUUAUCCAAACCAUAAAAAAUGCAAUUGUCUUCAGAGACCAGCAAGAUGCAGCUGAGAGGCGCAGGGAUUUUCUUCAGUGGAUACUCGACUCCCGCGACUCAGCUGACUCCCUGGCAACUGGGAGUUUUGAUGUGAUCAGUCCAUCUGCUGCUUCCAGACAGAAGGAAGCACCUCAUGCUGGCAGGGCCCCAUCCGAAAAGGUUCAGAAAGCAUUGACAGAGGAUGAGAUAGCAGGCCAAGCUUUCCUGUUCCUGAUCGCUGGGUAUGAGACCACCACCAGCACGCUGUCCUUUGCCACAUACUUGCUAGCCACCAACCCAGAGUGCCAAAAGAAAUUGCUUCAAGAAGUUGAUGAGUUCUCAGCAAAACACAUGGUCCUUGAUUCCCAAAAUGUACAAGAACUCCCGUAUCUGGACAUGGUGAUUGCAGAGACAUUGCGCAUGUACCCACCUGCAUUCAGGUUCACUCGGGAAGCAGCUAAGGACUGCAUGGUGCUGGGGCAGUGUAUUCCAGUUGGGGCUGUCAUUGAAAUUGCGGUUGGGCACCUCCACCACAACCCUGAGUUCUGGCCAGAGCCUGAGAAGUUCAUUCCUGAGAGGUAG